AUGGUUAAUGAUCGAGGAAAUCCCAGCCCAUCUCCUUCGACCACGAGUACUGACUCGUUGCCAGACUCCCUCCAGUUCAGCGAAGAUACUGGCUCAAUGCCGGCAUCAACCUCAUCCUCUUCGCGCCGUGCAUCUUCGUCAGCCGAGAACAAGAAGGCUCAGGACAGAUGGAGUAAAGAAGAGGAGAAGCUUUUAGUUCAACUGUGGGCUGAAAAGCAUGAUCAGUUAGAAAGCCGAGAGUCAAGGAAAACGUGGGCUUGGAUCACCGAGAAGAUUUCGAAAACACUCGGAACCAACAAGACGGCCGACAAAUGCAUUCGGAAAAUAAAGUACAUCAUUGAAAGAUAUAAGAACGCUUAAGACUGGAACAAAAAUCAAACAGGCGGAAGCCUUAGGAAAUCCGUGUACUACGACGAGGUCGAUAAAAUCCCUGGUUGCCGCGACGUAGUAACCUUCAAUCAUGUAGCUGAGGCGGGAAUCAGCAGCGAAAGUGCCACGGAAAUUAAUGCGGGACCUAGUGAUACUACUGGCGAGAUUAGUACUUCAUCCAGCCCCAGCGCUAGCGUGCCAGAAACUCCAGCUGAAAGGAGACGAGCAUCGAAGAAAGGGAAACGAACUUCGAAACGCAAAGCGCCUGAUAAUGAGAGCGACGAUGAGGCUCUAAAGGAUGUGAGGCAGCAGGGUGAGAAAGUAGCAAGCUUCUUGGAUUCUUUGCAACAAACACACACGCCGCAGCUUGCCAUGAUGAGCCAGUUUAUGGGAUCAAUUGUAAAAAUCCGUGCCAAGGAACAGAAUGAGAAAUGAACUUUAAUUCAAGACUACUUUUGACUCUUUAGAGACAACCAUCAUCAUGUUCAUUAUUUAUGUUACGAAUAGAUGAAACGAAAUUAUGGAAACAAAUGAAAGUAGUUUUUAACUGAUUUUUUUAUUGUGAAGACAGAAAAUAAUCUUUAUGAUACACUUUUGAACAAUAACAAUGUCUAUUUAACUGCUGAAAAUAUUUAUACAGUAAUGGAAAUCGUUUCUAAUAAUUCAACAUGCAUGUCAAGCACAAAUUACAAUGCAAUAUUUUUCAUAGUAUUUGAUCGUUGAUUUUCUUCUAUUUUCUUUGUGAAAAAUCAAAUACAGCAAACGUUCAAGGUCUAAGGAUGAAGCAAUUAAAAUCCGUUUGAAAACAAAAAAUCAGAGACUGUCUUUUAGCAACUCUCUUAUAUCUUCGCCGUCCUGCAUGAAAUCAUUGUUCUGUUCGUUUCCGCGGUCAUCAUCGUAAUCGUAGAAAUCAUCCUCCCAUUCGUCCCCAACAUUAAUGCAAAAGUUAUGCAGCACUGCACAAGCAAUGGAACUCUUCAUCGAGAAAGUUAUUCUGUUAUCCAACCGCUUUUGUAAAAUUCGCCAACGACUUUUGAGGCGGCCAAAAGCGCACCCGAUGGCUACUCGUGCAGAUGACAGUUCCUUGUUAAAAGUUAUCUCGCCAGGGUCACGCGUGGCUUCAGGAUAAGGCUUCAUAAGCCAGGGGGAAAUAGGGUAUGCGCUGUCUCCUACCAGGUAAGGGCGAAUAUCUGUAAUACCGAUUCUUUCAACCGGUUCUCUGAGUAUAUCUUCGUUGCUUGCUCUUUGAUAAAGAGAGAUGUUUCGAUAUACCCUAGCGUCGUGAAGACCUCCUGGAUAACCUGCAGCAAAGUCAAGGAAUAAUCCCUUACCGUCAGAAACGGCAUGAAUUAUAAAAUCAUGUUGCUGAUUUCGACUAAAAUAAUCAACAGUACUGUCUCUGGGAGAAAUUAUUUUGAUAUGGGUCUCAUCUAUGGCUCCAACAAUGUUUGCAAGUCGUGAUUUGUCCGUAAAUGUCUCUAUACACCUCAUUGUCUCAGCCACCGUUGUUGGGAAUUUGAUGUACUCGUUCCUCAAUUCAUAAAGAGCGUCGACGACAUCUUGACAAGCCUCUAUUGCUGUAGUUCUACUGACGUUUAGCGCAGGUCCUAUUGUUUCGUACGAAUUUCCAUGUGCAAGUCGAAGCAAACCACAAGCAAGAACCUUUUCCGGAGUGAGACAAUUUCGCAGUAUUGUAUUCUGUCUUGUCAGCCAGUUGCGAAUUACGUUGAGCAACAAAUCGAAGCUUUCUCUGUUCAUUCGUAAAAGCCUUCGAAAGUAGUCCCCUGGUAUUGUCCGAUCAGUGUAAUGGAUCUCGAACCACGAUUCGACUGGACGAGGAGGAGUCCAAUAAUAUGGAGCUCUUCUUCGAUAACGAUUUUGUCGACGGCGAAUUCUCGUGUCAAUAGCAAGUUUUGUGUUUGUAAAUUCUGCAUAAAUAACAGGCACCAUAUCAUUAAAUUGAUAUUUGCCUGCUGCUGAAGAACCAGAAAAAAGUAGAAAACAAUCACUGCCAGAAUUCUUCGUGGUAACAUUUUUUUAGAUCCCUCGUGUCGCGGUUUUGUGGGUGUAAACAGCGAGUAAAGGCAGCUUCGCGGGAAAUCGCGGGAAAUCACAAGGCGCUCACAGCAUGGUGUUGUGUUUUGUUCACAGAUUUUGUUCUGAAGUGCGACUGUAG